CAAGGGAAAAGAAUGGAGAUGAUUGGCUGGUAUUUUGAUACUCGGUAUAGAUGACGUUAUUGUCGUGAAAAUAGACAUUAAGUGUGAAAUGAUUUUUUAUUGAUAUUUUAGGAUAUAUUCAUUUUUGUAUCAUUAUAAAUUUUUUUUUAUAGUUUUAAUUGACUUCUUCGUUAUCUGUGUCGUUAUAAUUGGAUUUAUACUAAUUUUACUUUAUUUAUUGGUACUGUUGUCUUGUGACAAUAGAAAAAGCGUAUGGUAGAUUCCUUACUGAUUUUAUGGUUUUCAAGAAUCCUAUCAGGAAUAUUUGUUUGUAUCUAUUAAUGAACACAUUAAAUUGUGUAGGAGUAGUACGCCUUUGCGAUCUUAUUUGUUAAUGCCGAAAUCAUUGGACUGCCAUUGCUCCAGCAUUUUCGAUACAACCGAAUGAGCCAUUGGAAAUUGACUUUACUGCCAAUCCCUCCAAUCCGGACAUGUUUUUCAAAGUAUAAACACAUUAAUAAUAAAUCACUUGUGGAUUUCUGGUAAUCAUACAUUCUCAGGUUACUCGGUUAACCAUAAUAAUUUAACGAUACAUUGAAAUCAUAAAACUGAUGGACAGUGUUAAUCAUUACCGUAAGCACGGCUUGCGAGUAGCAAGUCAAGCAGAGAUUCUUAGAUCUCAUCAAAGGGAUAAUGACUUUAUUAAAGAUUUGCGAGAUCAACUAUCCGAUAUAUUGCAUAAAUUUGGAUGCAGAAAUCUCAUCUCAGUUGUCAAUUCAAGCAUUCCUAUAAAAUUAGUUUACUUCUUUUUUACUUCCGGAUUAGGAAAUCAAACACUGGGUGAAGAAUAUACUGGUAUUGUACAAGCCAAUUUCAAAGCUCGUAAAAUUCCAUCGCUUACUGCAAGAGUACUAGCUAUUUUACUGGAAUGCUUUGGGGAACAGAUUCUCCUUAAGAUGUUAGAGAAACUUCAGACAUCAGUAAAUCAUCCACAAAGUGAACUUAGACCCGAAGCAAUAAAUUGCAUUAAUAAAUUACUCAGUGGAUUGAGAGCAACAAUUCCUAUUUUUAUCUUAGCACAUAGAGGAUUGUUUUAUAUAUAUGGCAGAUACUACAGUUUGGGUAGACGAGUUGCUGGAAUUGAUUAUGCCAAAGUUUAUGGUCAAUAUGUAACUGAUGGUGUAAGCUGGGGAUUAAGAUUAUUGGGUAUCGCUACCUUGAUUCAAUGUAUUUUAAGAUUUCGACAAAGCCUACAAGUAACAACUGCCGACAGUAAUAGUAUAGAAGUCGAAGAAAGCAUUGGGGGAAAGUGUCAUCUUUGUCUCGAAGCAAAGCCAACAACUGCAACACCCUGUGGCCAUUUAUUUUGCUGGUUUUGUUUAGCAGAUUGGUUAAGUGGAAGACCUCAGUGUCCAAUAUGUAGAGAACGUGUAAAUCCGUCACGAAUAAUACCCUUAAUGAAUUUAUAAUGAAACAUAUCUCGAUGGCAGAAUUUGUUCUAUGAGCAGGAAAUAUAAAAUGUUAGAUGUAA